AUGGUUGAGAUGCUCACUGGACUUCGUGUUCAUGGGAGUCUGAUGGAAAAGAGAAUACUAGAAACAACGCCCGAGCAGCGACAUAUUGUCGGAAUUCUAACAAACCAGGAGCUGAUAAAGUGUCAGACGCUGGAGCGCCAGUAUUUACAGCAAAUUCGGGCAUGGCACACCCAAUUCGAAAAGAAAUAUCGAAGAAAGCCAAAGCCUGUAGACCGCCCUGGUGGCAUUGUACGUCUACAAGGACGAUGUCAGGCGCUGAAGGAAAGAAUGGAAGAACUAAACAAUCGUUUGGCUACAUCCCACGGUAGCGACUACCAAAUGAUAGCAGGGAGUAGGUCGGAUUUAUUCGACCGAAGCGGAGGAAAUAGAUCACCGGCGCAGAAAGCUUUUCUGAACGGUUUGGCAUCUCCUCAAUAA